CUUCUAUUUUUUACUGCAAACCAAAUCUGGAUGUAAAACGUCACAUGUUGUUUUUCUCUCCAGCGCAGACACGGUGGUGUUAUUUGGUGCUUAGCUGUUGCGGAAGGCAGACGGGGAUACCGGUGUCGGGUAAUGGAAUAAGUAAAGCGGAUUUACACUAGUAUUUUCUGUGCUUUGGAAAAUAGGACAAAACAACUUCUCUAAAAGUAAGUGAAGGGUGCACAUCAGAAUGGCGAGUCCUCCAACGAAUGGAGGACACUUGUUGUCUAAUGUGACCAAUAACAGUAAUACAAUUAAGAAAUGUGGAUAUCUAAAAAAACAGAAGCAUGGACACAGACGUUUUUUCGUGUUGAGAGAACCCAGCGAGAGCUUUCCUGCCCGGCUGGAAUACUACGAGAGCGAGAAGAAGUGGAAAAAUAAGUCUGCUGCUAAAAGGGUGAUACUGCUGGACUCCUGUCUUUGCAUAAACAAGCGAGCGGACUCCAAGCACAAACACCUAAUCGCCUUUUACACCAAGGACGAAUACUUUGCAGUGGCAGCCGAAAACGAGCAGGAACAGGAGAGCUGGUUUCGAGUGUUGUCGGAUUUGAUCAGAGAGGGGAAAGUCUAUGACAGCCCCACGUCUAAUUCCACUACCUCUCUUUUCAGUUUCGAGGAGGCGAAUUACGGUGUGAUCACGCUGACAACUGCCUUUUACAAGGAGGUAUGGCAAGUGAAUUUGAAAUCCAGAGGACUGGGUCAAACAAAACAUUUGACAGGGGUGUUUAGGCUGUGUUUAUCCAGUCGGACUAUCAGCUUCGUGAAACUGAACUCGGAGGUUGCGGCUGUCAGUUUACAGCUCAUGAAUAUCCGGAGAUGUGGCCACUCCGACAGCUUUUUCUUCAUCGAGGUUGGUAGGUCGUCUGUCACUGGUCCCGGCGAGCUCUGGAUGCAGGCGGACGACUCUGUGGUUGCGCAAAACAUUCACGAGACCGUCCUGGAGGCGAUGAAAGCCAUGAAAGAGCUGUCAGAAUUCAGACCGCGCAGCAAGAGUCAGUCGACUAGCACGAACCCCAUUUCUGUGCCCACACGACGCAACUUGAACAAUCUGCCCCCAAGUCAGACAGGGUUGUUGAGGAGGUCGAGAACAAAUAGCAUAGUGGCCACAUCCCCAAUGAGCAAGUCCUGUCGGAUAAGGACAGCCAGUGAGGGGGAUGGCAGCAUGGUCAGGCCAGUGUCUAUGUCAAUAUCUAUGAGCGGGAGCCCCACCAGUCCCCUCUCCAACCGGAACCCCCUGAGCCGGUCCAAUACGCUCUCCAGCGGGCGCACCUGCCGGAUACUGGAGUCCAGCCUCCAGCACAGCCGCUCCAUGCCCGUCUCCAACUCCCCUCCCUCAGUCUGCAGUUCCAUCAGCCUCUCCCCCAUGAGUGGGACCCUCCCCACCCCUGAUGUGGUCCACCGACCCUUCAGCUGCAGUGCCUCUAUCUCAGGCUCCCUCAGCGACGCAAGCUUCAUACUAUGCGAUGAGUACAGCUCCAGCCCAGGCGACACCUCCAGGCUCCUACCCCUCACCAGGAGUGACACCCACGACUCCCUCUCCAGCACUCCCCCCUCCCGGGAGGCCAACGACCUGUGUGGCUACAUGAUUAUGGACAAGACGAAUGGCCGCCGGGAGGAGGGCCUGGCAUCGGAGAAGGCGUACAGGAAGAGGACAUAUUCCCUCACCACACCACGCCAACAGAGGGUUCCCGCCCAGCUGUCCUCUGCCUCGUUGGAUGAGUACACCCUAAUGCGGGCUGCCCACCACACCAACAGCGGGCACCACUCCAGGCACAGCUCCAUCUCCGCCUCCCCGAAGGUGUCCUACCCCGAAGACUACGGAGAUGUGGAGAUCGGGUCCCUGAUGGAAUCCAAUGGUAACCUAGGAGGUGACGAUGGCUAUAUGCCUAUGAUGGCGGGGGUGGCAGCGCCGCCCAGGGGCAACCACAGCAAGGCAGACACUUACAUGCCCAUGAGCCCCAUGUGUGUCUCGGCUCCCAAGCAGAUCAUCAACCCCUGGGCCCAAAACCAACAGGCCGGGGGCGGCUACCGGACCAACUCUCCCAGCAGCGGAGGCUCCUUGGAGGAAAGCGGCUACAUGAGGAUGUGGUGCGGCUCCAAGUCAUCCAUUGAAAGCCCCGACAGCCGCUCAACCUAUAUGAACAUGUCCCCUCGCAACUCCGCCUACACCACCUCGCAGACCCCCCCGGACUACUUCCUGGACCAGCUUCUGGGUGGUGAGCCUUCCAUCACACCCAUCUACUCCGCAGACUCCCUGCCGCGCCCCACCAAACCCCACAAGGCCUCCAAGGAGGCGGGGGACAAUGGUGACCAGUACGUCCUGAUGAGCCCCCAGUCGCUAGGUGGGGAGUCAGACGACUACUACUCAGUGAUGACCAAUGCCCCGCUCAACUCCUCGGUGCCCUCGCCCAUCAGACAGAGCCGGGGGACUGAGAGCCUGACAACCCACCGGGGGAGGGUGGGGCGACCCAACCGGCUGUCUCUGGACAGCUUUAGGAUCCUGCCCAGCAUGAACAAGCACCUCUUGCCUGAGGAACCCAGGAGCCCGGGCGAGUAUAUCAACAUAGACUUCAGUGAGGGCACCAACUACUCCCCGCCGUCAGCAUCCAAUGAGAGCCAGGAGUCGUCUCUGGGCUCCAGCGGUGGCCAGCGGAGGUCCCCUCUCUCCGACUACAUGAACCUGCACCACGUCGUCUCGCACUCACCCAAGGCCGGAGACACCCCUGCCGGACGGUUGGACACGGUCCCUGAGUCAUCCCUGUGCCCUUGUCUGGAUGGGGAGGGAGUGUACCGUCUCAGAUCGAAGAGGGAUUCCAAGUGCCCCCAGAGAGGCAAGGAUGAGUACACCGAGAUGACGUUUGGACUUGGAAUGGCCAACAUGCCUUCCCAGUUCGUUCCUCAGACCUCAUCAAGCCCCAGUGCCAGAGAGAAGAGGCUAUCCCUGGGUGAGCAGGGCCUCCCGGGGGGCAUGGGGGUGUUCCUCCUUGGCGCCGCCACCCCCGUGGACCCUGACAGGGCCGCCAAGGUGAUCCGGGCCGACCCCCAUGGGCGCAGGCGGCACAGCUCCGAAACCUUCUCCUCCACGGUUACCGUCACCCCUGUGUUCCCCUCGUUUGCCCAUGGGGAUGCCAAGCGCCACAGCUCGGUGGAGAACUUGUCGGUGCGGAGCAGCGAGGGCUCGGACGAGGAGUGUGGCAGCCCCAUGAGUAGAGAGACCUCUGCAGGCUUCCAGAAUGGACUGAACUACAUCGCCCUGAACCUGAUGGAGAACCGGGACAGGGACCUGGAGGGACCUUGUCGCAAAGACCUGACCACGGUCAGCAUUAAGCCGGCCAGCAGCUGCAAGGGAGGCCUCCAUGGAUUACACGUCGCACCAUAUGUCUGUUUGGGGUUCAAGGAGGCGGCCACCACUGUCAAAGACUGAACAGGACAGUGGACGAUCCAAGCCCUCCUCAUCCUUGCUCUGAGGUGGACAGUCAUACAUUGGGGUUGCCGUGACAACCUGCUGCUGUAAAUGAACUCUGACAACCUGCUGCUGUAAAUGAACUUGAGAAGUCAGGCUGUGCCUCAUGUGACCCCACCAACACCUCCCAACACCCCCACCAUGACUCUCCCUCACCCAUGGACGGGAAUCCUAACACUGGUGCUGUCCUAGAGACUGUACUAAAAAGGAGACUGGGCCAGAGGCUCCUGUAUGUGGGGGGCCUCUGUAUGUGUCUAGAGGCUAUAUUUCUGGCUCUGUUUAUUUGUUUUGAAUUUUCCCUCUGGUUUUAGGUUUUGGCUCGUGGACUGUGAGUAGCCUGUCUGUUGACCCACAAGACAGGACAUGUAAAGCAAACCCUGGUAAGGCACAGUACGUGUACUUACACCCUCCUCAAAAGAUGAGUCAACAACCCCCCCCACCCCCCCACACACACAGUACGCAGAUAUUAUUUAUUUGCUUACGUGAGUAUGGAUGGGUCGAAGUUUGUGUCUGUGUGUGUAAAAACAGAGACACCAUGAUCGUUUCAGUAACACAUUCACUAACAAACCAUUUAAAAUAAUCCAAUCCCUACCUCAGAAAGAGCAAGGCCGCAUACUGAGUAAUAUAUAGAUAUAUUUAGAUUGUAUUUAUUUUGGAAUGUUUCAUAAAUACCAACCCAAAGCCUUACUCUCUCUACUGUGGUUGUAUUUGUACGGCACAACAAAGAAAAUCUGAUUUAUUCUACUGAUAUUAAAGUAUUUUCUUAAUUCUAAUUUAUUUCAUUUUAGUAUGCUAACUUUAUCAUGCUAUAUGAUAUUGUGAGGAUAAUAAUAUGAUACAAUUUCAGAGGAUUUAUUACUAGUUCCAGUUAUGAGGUGAGAAAUGCAUACAUUAAUGUAGGAAGAACGCAAAUAUGUUGGUCUGUGUACACAUAAGAGAUACAUGGAAUUUUACUUCCUAGUAGUAGUCAGAACCUCAACUAACCCAGGCAUUUACUGUAUAUGCAAUACAUUACCCAUAAUCCCUAGCUGUAACCUGAUUACAUGGUAGAACAUCUCGAUGAUAUAGUUAUGGGGGUAGAACCACAAGAUUUUGGGUUCAUGGGGAUUGCCACCGUCACUGCUGCUGUAAGCACGAGGAGUACCUAGUGCCAGGGUCCUGUUCAUUAGGCACCAAACGGAAGAAAAUGGACUGAAACAAGGAGGGACUACUUGGAUUUAAACCUUUGGUGCCCUAAUGAACACUACCCAGUUUUCACACCUAUUUCUCACAACUCGUUAGAUUGUAACACACUAGAGACACAUCUGAAUGUAGUAGAGCACUCAGUGUAGUAGAAAACGACCAUUGAAAAUUAAGUGGGAGGGAAGGGGGAGACAUUAUCAAACGGUAUUAUUUAGUAUGUACUACACUUAUGAAAUAUUUUCUCUGCAAAGGCCUUUUUGUGUAGAUUAUGUACAUAAGAUUUUAACUGAAAUAGGCUGUCUAUUUUGAAGAGAAACUUAGUCAUGUUGCAAUGAAAUUACUAAACAAUGUAAGGAAAAUAUUUUUGAAAACAAGAUAUGUUUUUGGAUUGUAAUGUAUGCUUUUACUCCCUCACAGUUAAUUGUGAAUACGUCUAUAAUUUUUAAAAAGAGAAAUACCUUCAGUAUAUUUUGUUAUCUUUGCCUUGUCGAUAACACUUUACCCAUAUGGCAUAUGCAAUAGUGAAAUACAUUAACUUAGUUUACAAAGUGGAACCAAAUGUACACAUUGUGUUGAUAUAUUUUUGAAGAAAGGAAACUAUUUUGCUCUUUGUAUAUUUCUUUCUGCCAACUUUUGAUGCUUUUUUUGUCACUGGAAACUUAUAGUAUAUAUAUUCAACAGUGCUCUCACUUUUAGUGUAUAUCUACGGUUUCUUACUCGAGAUCAUUGAAAUGAGAACUAUACUGAGAGGGCACAGAUUGAACAUGUUGUCUUCCAUUGUACAUACUUCAUAAAAACUGUUUAUUGUGAUGCUCUAAAGAGAUGAUAAUUUAAUUAUAAGUAGUUCAGUAUUGCUAUCGUUUGUAUUGAUUAUGGAUAGCAACAGGCAAUAAUAAAUAACUAUUUAAAGAGA